GGAAUCGAGACUACUGCGAUCGCGUUUUUGUAACCAGAGAAGAAAAGAGCAUAAGCAUGCCCCCGACCUUGCCUUCCUCUUCGCGGCGUCCAGCGACUAGAGGUGUUCGGCAUACUUUUUGCCCUGACACCGACUCUUCAACAUCAAGUGCAAUCGGCGACCAGGCAGCAUUCGUAAACUCGAGCCGGGAGGACGAAGACGCCGCCGCCACACGGUUCAAGGACGGUAGAACACCGUCGCCGAGAAGCCCUGAAGUGGUAAGCGGCUCGGAGGAUGAGCCUACGUGGGACAGCGUCUGUCUUGAUGUGGCCAAUGGCUACCACAACGGGACUGAUAGCAGUGGAGCCAUGUGCCGGAUCUGCCACGAAGGCGACCAAAAGGCUGAGCUAGUGUCUCCCUGCAGCUGCUCUGGCACCAUAGGAUUCGUGCAUGUGUCCUGCAUUGAGCAUUAGCUUAAUGAGCGCAACGUAGACUUCUGCGAACUCUGCGGUCAGCGUUUCCAGGUGGCCGAUGAACCUAUGACCGCGCUCCAAUUGUUGCGAUGGGUUUGGCGGAACAAGAGGUGGCUGUGGCGAUCAUUGCGUUACGAGCUGCUGUUGUUGGGCGUUGUAAUACUGGCAGUUUUCUUGGUG